CUGAAGCAGAUUGAGAUUAUGUGUUGGUGGAUGUGCGCUGACGUCUAUUCGCUGUCUCGUUUGACUUUGGAGCCGCUGUCCUGAAUUUUUCGUUUUGGUUGUGCGUGUCUUUUUGAAGUCACUGCUCGGAUUGCUCAAAAACAAAAAUCAAUGAAGGAGAGAAGAGCCAGUGAGAAAUUAGUACUUAAAUCCAGGAUGGAUCCCAAUCAGAGUAUGAAAUGCAAAAUAGUGGUCGUGGGGGACAGUCAAUGUGGCAAAACAGCUUUGUUGCACGUAUUUGCUAAGGACUGCUUUCCAGAGAACUACGUCCCCACCGUCUUUGAAAAUUACACGGCCAGUUUUGAAAUCGACACGCAAAGAAUCGAACUCAGUUUGUGGGAUACUUCAGGGUCACCGUAUUAUGACAACGUCAGGCCGCUCUCCUACCCCGACUGCGACGCCGUUCUCAUCUGCUUCGACAUCAGCCGGCCAGAGACCUUGGACAGCAUCCUGAAGAAGUGGAAAGGGGAGAUCCAGGAGUUCUGUCCCAACACCAAGAUGCUGCUGGUGGGGUGCAAGUCAGACCUGCGCACGGACCUCUCAACGCUGGUGGGACUGUCCAAUCACAGGCAGGCACCGGUGUCAUAUGAUCAGGGUUCGCACAUGGCCAAGCAGAUCUCCGCCCCCUACAUCGAGUGCUCGGCCCUGCAGUCGGAGAACAGCGUGCGCGACAUCUUCCACCUGGCCACGCUGGCCUGCGUCAGCAAGGGCAAGAAGACCGUCAAGCGCCACAAGUCCUCCCGCUCCACCGCCAAGCGCAUCUCGCACAUGUGCAGUCGCCCCGACCUGACGUCCGUGGGGACGGACCUGCGCAAGGACAAGGCCAAGAGCUGCUCGGUCAUGUGACGCGGGAACGCCCCGCCGACGCUUUGGGUUUUUGCGGACGCCCGGGGGAGACCGAGCGAGAUGUUGAGGGGAACCCCCCUCAACGCACUCGAAGAUGUGCUCAGCGGCAGUGACUGUGGCGGUGAUUGGGGGGGGUGGGGGCGGGGUGCAGGGAUGGGGAUUUGGAUUUGGAUUUGGGGGGGGCGGGGGGGUGUCGUUUCUGCACUUUAAAAGCAUUUGUGCUUCGCGUUGGGUUUGGGUUUACACACGCUGCGCAACCGGAAAUGUGAGCCACUACACUGUGCCAUGGGAAAAAUAUGAAGAAAUGCGUAGAAGUGCCAUGUCAUGUUUGAGGUCCCAAGGGGGGGACCUCAAAGGCUUGUGAAACGGUUUGUCAUGUGUCUGACUUGGGUCUCGCCUUCCUCCCCCACAACCUCGUGAGCGGUGGGGUGGGGUGGGGGGGGUUUGAAGCCAUCUGUCAGUGUGUCCAAGUGGUCUGGAGGAAGUCAAGGUCACGUGUGUGGAAUACAAGGCAAGGAAACUGUCACCAAAAGUUUUAUUUAUAAUAUCUUCAGAGAAAAUGUUAAAAAAAAAAAAAAAAAAAAAACAUUAAAAAAAUGGCAGUGGCCUCCCCCCCCCGCCUUUUAAGGCUUGCUUUUUGGCGGGAGUGAUGCUCUCUUCCUGGAAAUGCUACAGCAGCUGAUUUCUUGCAGUGAACCCCUGGCCCUUGCACUUCAGACGGGAGCGAUGGAUGGAAGUUUAACACAAAAAAAAACAAGCAAAUCACUGUGGUUUUAAAUCAGAAAUUUUCUGGCUUUCCAUUCACAUGCCCUGUUGUUGUUGCUGCCAAAAACAAUUUUGUCAGACAGAAUUGGGGAGCUUCUCCUUUGCAACCAAAGCUGUUUGUGCAAGUCUGAAAGCCUUUUCAUGUUUCUGAGCUUCUGCCGUUUUUCAUGUACUGCUACAGCAUCAAAGCAUAUCCUUCCCUCCUGAUUUGUAACCAAAGAAAAUCCUGACGGUGUUGUUGAAACCCCAGGACUUUGGCCGCUCUAUGUUCGCAUCUUCUAUGGUUGCAGGGAUCUUAAACAGGGUAUUCUUUAAUCACUUGGAUUGUUCCCGUGUGUCGCCCCCCCCACACCCCGCCUGUCCCUGGGCAUUUUUCGGCAGUGCUGUCGACACCAGUGCCUGACUAAACGCAGUUAACCUGUGCGCUCAGUCUUACCUUAGUUUAGGAGGUCAAAGGGGACGCCUGUACAUAGAAUGUGACGCACCUCAUAGACGGUAUGGACCCGAAGGCCCCCUGUCACAUGAUCGCUCGUGCUCCUUUGCGAGGAUGGCUAUGCAACGCAUUCAUUUUUUUUCCUUCUCUCCUGACAACCCCAGCAAGGGAAUCAGAGGGAGAGAGAAAACCCAGGUCAGCUUAAUUUACAUUUCUAUUUUUUUUUUUUUUUUUUCCCCCGAUGGAACCACAUCAUCAUGCUGCACUGCUUUUUACAAACUGGUUUAUUUAAAAAAAAAAAAAAAAGAAAAAAAAAAAAAAAAAACCUUGCAAGUUGAAUGGGCUGGGUACUGAAAUGCAAGAACAGGUUGUGCAGUUGGCCUUUGCAGGUGGUUUACUCCACGCUGCAGGAGAUGUUUCUGCUCUGCUUUCAGAACGGCGUAUUGGUGUCCUCAAGGGCAGCAUUAUCAGCUAGCUGGCGCAUGCAUCUGUAUUUAUUUUUUAUCCAUUAGAAAUUUGUUACGACAACAGUGUUAACUGUAGAACGUCGCCCCUUUUGAAUGUUGAAGGCGUUUGUAAGUCUGUUCUGUUGAUUUUUUUUUUCAGCAGUAUUUAUUGAACAGUGUAUAUAUAUAUUUUUUUCUCUUUUUUGGAAUAAAUGCAGAAUAAAACUUCAUUGUCUUGGCA